AUGGGGACCGGUGCGAGCAGCGCGUCGUCCCGCUCUCCCUCCCCCGAGAUGAUGCGCAACAACCGCAAGAAUUCGUUCGGAAUCGAAGGCGGGGGCAAGUGGAAAGGCCACAAUGUGGUCUGCAACGAAGUCGCGCCGAUUAUCAUCACCAAGGAUUGCUUCGAGGAAUUCCAGUGCACGCUACUCGCCGAGAAACAGGAGGUGACCAUGGGGAGUAUAAGAGACGGGCUCCCGGAACACGUGCUCGUUCAGGGUAAAUACUUCAUGGUGGCCGAUCAAUUCAAGGGCAUCGAUAAGAUGAAAACGACGGAAAAACACGGCGCCCCCAACUUCAGGCGAGCAGGCGGCGGUUUCGCAGUGUUCGGCAUGGGUCAGCCGACAGGCCUGGGCCUGGCCAAGGUCAUGGAUACACUUGGUCAAGAAGGAUGUUCAGAACUCAUUGUGUGCUGCAUACGAGAGGAGCCCGUCCUUUUCCUUAAGAAAAACGAAGACUUUGUGUCAUACACGCCGAGAGCGCGGGAAAAGCUGUGCGAAAACAUCUACACCAGACUGGCCACGUCGCUAGAUAUCAGUAACAAUGAAGUUGCUAUGCGGAAAGAGAUUCUUCGGAACGCCCUCCGCAACGAAGAGAACGAGUUCUGGUUCUACGAGGACAUCGACCAGUUUGUGGACGAGCCCCACAAAUACUACAUCGUCUACGAGGAGCAUCUCAAGACGAUCCAAGAGAUGUACGCCAUUCACACCGUCUCCCAGACUAAUGCCCGAUACCUGCGCAUGCCUAUGAGGUCGAACGGGGCACCAGACGAACAAGUCAUCGAUACGUUCUUCAAUGUAUUGAAGGAUGUACCAACUCUCUUCGACCAUCAAGACACCUCCACACCAGGCUUGGUCUUCGUGGGUCACAUGGGAGCUAGCCGGACGACUUUUGCCAUGGUCCUUGGCAUGUUGGUCCUGGGACAUAAACAUGGCUUUCCAGAGGAGGCCUAUGAGGACACCAAGCCCUUCAGCCAGGAGAAUCCCAAUCUGGAGAAGGCCGAGUUUCCAGUUGUUCAGCAGCUGUGCAGGGCGUUACCGGACGGCAUACAAGUCAAACAAGAGGUGGACGUUUUAAUCAAUCUAAGUGACGAAAUGAGCAAUAUCCGGAGAGACAUCUACGAGAGCAAGAAGAAGAUGGAGGCAAUAAAAGAGGACUAUGAAAUUGCGGGUGGAAGUGCCAAGCAGUUCUUUCUGCAGAGGAUGUUCAAAUACUUGGAGCGAUACUGUUUUCUUCUUCUGUUCAACAGCUACCUACACCAACAGAAAAUCCAGAUGUUCUGCCAGUCGUUUGAGGUCUGGAUGCAGCAACAUCCGAUACUCUAUCGAAUCCUUGGCGAUAUGGACUCAUUUGAGAAGGACAACACCCCGGGAAUGCACCUCGCAAUGGGCAAUCGAUUCCUGGUUGCAGAUGAGUAUCUCGGUCUGGACGUGCUGAGCUCGCACCGAGAGGUCAAAGUAGCCAACUUUAGACGGGUCCCCGGGUUACCGGUGUUUGGCAUGGCACAACCUUGCAGAGAGGGUUUAUCCAAAGUAGUUCAGUACCUGACAAAGGAGAAGUACACGCAUUCUUCGGUCCAUAUCUUCACGCUGAGAGGGGAGAUGGUACUGGAAUGCGACGGAGCUACAUACACGCCGAGAAAGCUCAAAUCGCUCACGCGGAACGUGUUCAUACCGGGAAUCACUGUUGAAGAACUCGAGGAUCGCGAAAGACAGCUGAAGAAUGAAUUUCUCAAGUUGAAUGGACCAGUCCAGGUUUAUGAGGAUAUCACAGAUCCCAGAAUAACCAAAGAGUUCUCUACGAUUGUAACGCUGCAAGAAAUGUUUGAAAAUCAAUGCAAAAUAACGCCGGAGUUGCACUACCACCGAGUUGCGGCCAUGGAGUAUGAGGGCUCGCCCCCGGAAAGAGAGUUUGAUUUCUUAGUCAACGUCAUCAAGGAUCUCAAGGACAUCUACACGGACGAGGACGGCCCGGCGUUAGUCUUCAACUGCGACUGCGGUAAAGAGAGAACCACGGUCUUCAUGGCCGCAGCCGGCCUCGUCAUCUGGCAUCAAAAGGGUUUUCCCGUUGGAGUGAAGUUAGAGGAACAGGAGAGAAUCAGCGUGCCGCAGGCUGAAUACACUAAAGGAGAGUUUGCGGUCGUGAUGAAUCUGGUGCGGAGGCUGCCCUCAGGGCCACAGGUCAAACGGGAGGUGGAUUUGAUGCUAGACAAAUGCUCGGAAACGAUGACCCCGAUGCACUACCAUCAACGAGAGACAAUCUUUUCGACUUACAACAAGAUAAAAUUGGCCAAAGAUGAAGAGACGGCCGCCAAACUCGGCAACCAGAGCUUCAAUUUCCUGGAGCGCUACAUCUACCUGAUCCUGUUCAACAGCUACCUGCACAUCGAGAGACCCAACAAUUGGACCAGCAAGUUUGCCACGUGGAUGAUAGAGACCGGUCGAAAGAUCGGCGCCUACGAGACACUGGACAACCUUCACUACCACGACCUGGACGAAGACGACGCGCGGAUAGUCAGCUGCAUUCGUCACCGGUGGGUCAACAAAGGAAACAAACUUGGCUACCAGGGGACAGUGGAAUAACGGGUCAAAGGUCACAUGGGGUCAACUGGGGCCGGAGGUCAACUCAAUCUGUUAAGUGCAACGGUAUUACUACUUUUUGUCUUAUUUAAGUCUUAUAAAAGUUAAGGAACAUGAACACAAAUUGCCAAUAAAGCUUUUAAUUCUUUUUUUUUUUCUAGUUACAUUUUUAGUCCUUGCAUUACUGCACUCUUCAAAACUUCAGUAUAUGUAUCAACCGUCAGUAUUUAUUAUUAUGGCCCGUACGUACGAGUGCGAAGCCGACUUGACGUCACAAAAAGUCGCUGCAAAAUUUGCCGGAGUUAAAAUGUGUUCAACUUUUGUGAGUUUACAGCGAGAUAAAAUUGUCUUGACUUCACAAAUUUGUGUUUGCUUUCGCGUAAAGUAUACACUGGCUUUUACACUGUAUAGAGCGUGCAAGUCUCACCAGCUCACGUUGUGUGUGAAGUCUUGGUACCAGACACUGACUAGUCUAGUCACAGACUCCCAAGGUUCGAUAUGGCCCAAUAGUAAUGUGCACGAUGGCUUGACCAGCUGAGGUUCAUUUUUUUCUCAUUAAAGACGUAAAUUUGCAAUAUUUUCACAGUUCUGUCGGUAAAAAUU